UUUACUUUCCAUGAGGAGGUGCAAACAACACAGAAAGGGCACCAUCAUUAUGCAGGGGCUCCAUUGUUUUCUGUGGAUAGAUGCAGAAUCUGGUGGGAGUUGAAAUUGAGCCACAAAAAAUCAUCAGAAAGCAGUUUGCCAUUGGCCCAGAAGAUAUAUGAACAGAGAGAGAGAGAGAGAGAGAUGGACAAAUCUGUUUGCAGUUCAUGUGAUCAUGCAGAAGAAGACUAUAUUGACAUGGAAGUUGCCUCACAUUCCUCCAUUUCCAACCAUUCCAAAUGCCCUCCACCCCACCCCAGAGAAUUUGAGUUCCAAAUGUUCUCAACCUCCUCACAAAGGGACACCACCACUUCCCCAGCAGACGAACUCUUCUACAAAGGGAAACUUCUCCCUCUUCACCUCCCACCCCGUGUAGAAAUGGUAGAGAAGCUCCUCCAGAAUCCCAACGCUUGUACUAACAAACCUGAAAAUUAUGACGAGGUUGAUGUGUUUGAAGAGUCUGCCUGUAUAUUCACAACCACCAAUCAUACUCCUACCAGCAAUAAUACCCCAUUCCAGUCCUGCAAUAUUUCUCCCUCGGAGUCCUUCCGAGUUAGUGGGGAACUAAACCCUGAUGAUGAUUACUUCGUUGAGCAUGCAACACAAGAAGUCGGUAUCUUUUCUUCAGAUGAAAAUUCGAAAAGAUUCCAGACAAGAAAGCUUAAGCUGAUCAAGCAGUCCUCCGCAUUGAGCUCAAAACUGAAAGCUUCCCGAGCUUUCCUAAGAUCUUUAUUUGCUAAAUCCAGCUGUUCAUCAAGUGAAGCUUCUGCAGUUACUUCAAGAAUCACAAAAAAAGGAUGUGUUCCUCUGGCCAGCGAGGAUGCCACAGUAUCCAAGAAGGAUCCAUUCGGUCAAAUUCAAAGAUAUGGAUAUCAAAGUUCAUCUUCUCUUGCAAAGAGCUUCAACAAAGAAAAUGAAGGUUCAUUUUCAGGCUCUUUCAGGAUGGUAUCAACGACAAAAUCUUCACAUUCAGAGAUUGAGAAUUCAAUCCAGGCAGCCAUUGCUCACUGUAAAAAAUCUCAGCAGCAGAUUCAAACAAGAAAGACCGCAACUGACCUUGGAUUUUGCUCACUGUCAGCUUCUAGAGUUAUCUGUGAAGAACAAGAAAGACCGGAGCUCUGCAGGGGUUAAUAUUUCUUACUUCUCUUUACUUUUGGGGUGGAUGGUGUGGUAGAAGACAUUGAAAUUUGAAAAUGAACAAAGUUUUAUUAGCCUUAUGCUAUAUUUCUUUCCUUUAUAACUUGGCGACUUUGUGUCAGACACAUAAUGAUAAGGCCAAUAAUAAUUUUUUUGGUCAAAAAUUGUGCAGACAUGUGAAAGUUAAAGGAUCUUCAAAGAAGCACAAAUUAAGGUAACCCCAUCACUCUGAAUAAGCUCAGUUCACAAAUUGAAUAUAAAUUUCAUUUCAUAUGACUGAUAGCUGGACAGAGAUCUCAUAAAAGAAGCAGGUUUUACAAAUUUUACAGAGUAUUCAGGUUUCAUAGGCAACAUGAAUUCCAUCCCACAAGCAUCUACAGUUAAAUGGUUUUGAAAACUCUACUCUCAAUCUAAUUCCUUCCUGGGGGGGGGGGGGGGGGGG